AUGAUUAAAUUUGGUUUGAACGUGUCCUUCAUUUUGUUACUGUAUGUUUUUCAAACUAUAUUUGUUAUAACAAUUUGCCAUGCGGAACACGAAUUUGUAACAGCAAAUAACAACGAAUUACAAGCAUGUCUUUCAUCGUCAUUGCCAUUGUCCGUACGGACUGUUUAUCCAUGUGACACUUCAACAAAUCAGAAUAGCUCUCAAUAUCAAUGUGGUUAUUUCGAUAUCAAAAGUCUUUCGGCUCAGAAUGGAGGUCGUAUUCCUCAUUCGCCUGCUGUUGUUGUCCAUGUUACGGACAGCAAUGAUAUACAAAAGGUGGUGAAAUGUGCCAUAAAAUUAAACUACACUGUAAAUCCAUCUAGUGGGGCUCAUAGUUAUGAGGGCUAUAAUUUAGGUUCGGAGCACAACAAUAUCAUCAUCAACUUGGCAGGAAUCAAUUACAUUAAUAUUGAUGCAAGUGAUGGAACUGCUAGAAUUGGAGCCGGUGCAAGACACGGUCCAAUAUAUUAUAGAACAUAUCAAUCUGAUGGUUAUACAAUCAACGGUGGAACUUCUGUAUGGGUGGGAAUUACUGGGCUGGCUCUUGGUGGCGGUGCAGGGCUUCUUUCUCGAUUACAUGGAUUACUAUCCGAUAAUGUUUUGGAAUUGAAAGCCGUUAACGCAGAGGGCGAAUUAUUAACAAUAAAUGCAACUCAUGAAGUAGAAUUAUAUUGGGCAUUGCGUGGUGCUGGUGGAGGUCUGUUUGUUAUUGUCACAGAAUUGAAACUUCAAUUAGUUAAAGCUCCGUCACUUGUGACGAUGUUUCAAGCUAGAUGGUAUACGAAUGCAACAAAAUUAGUGAUACGACGAUAUCAAUCUAUAUUAUUUAAUGAGACAGCAUGGAAUUCAAAUAAUAACAUCUAUAUAAUAAUGGACGUGCGUAGUACUUAUGUAAUGAUUUUAAUGACUAGUUUUGGUAAUAAGUUAGGAGACUUCAAUAAGAUUGUAUCUUUAUUUUUAACAACGUUACCUCCUCCAUAUGAAAUGAGUAUAGUUACACCGGAUUGA